CACGAUCUCGUUGGAGAGAUUCGGCCAACAGCAAUAAAUGAUUGCCAUUACGGGAUCAGUCCUUGCCGUGGCAUCGAACGAAGAGGAUCGUCUUCUGUUAGGUUCUUAGGAAGAUAACUAUGAAAGUGUUUGUUCUACUUGGAGCACUGCUUCUGGUAGCAGUUGUUGCUGCCAAACGGGAACCGUCGCCAUUGAAUCCAUCCAAAUUGGCGCUGCUCCCGAAGGAUUGUGGAGUAACCAAGCUCGGUCGGAUCAGCAACUCUACCGUGAGUGAAGCCUUCGAGUAUCCGUGGAUAGCGCUGGUGCUAUUCAAUAAAACUCGACGCCCGGCCACUUGCUUCGGAUCGUUGAUUACCCGACGAUACGUCCUGUCGGUGAUUAACUGCAUCCGGAAAACCAAACAGGAUCCGAACUUCAUUCGUCUAGGGGAGCAGAAUGAAGCAACUAAAGAGGAUUGCGUCGAAAGUAAGGACGAAAAAACCGGUGCAGUUACCAAGGAAUGCGCUGGUCCAGUGAUCGAUAUACCGAUUGAGUCCUACGUGGCCCAUCCCGAAUUCGAUCAGCCGAUGUACACCAACGACAUAGCCGUGAUCCGAAUGUCCCGGGAGGUUGAAUACAACGACUACAUCCGGCCGAUUUGCCUUCCAACUACACCGGCCCUGAGAGCUCAAAUUCCGAAACAUCUGGUGAUGCCCGUCUGGGAACUGGACAACGACGCUCCGAAUCAUUACUAUGGUGCCCUGCAGAAGUUCUACGUCGAGGACGUCGAUCUGGACAGCUGCCAGCGAGAGUACGAGAAGGCUGGAUUUUCACCCGAAUUUGGAGACGACGAUAUGCGAAUGUGUGCCUUGCAGGUGGGACCGAACUACGUCUGCGGCCGGCCAGCUGGGGCUCCAAUCGGAACCGAGGUCGAGGUCGACGGAACCUGGCGGCACGUGCAGUACGGUUUGGCAAAGUGGUCCCCGCUCAAUUGUACCUUCCGCCAUACGGUGCCGAUGAUUUCGAUGGAUAUCACUCAGUACAUGGGAUGGAUCACGGAACACCUGGAAGCUUGAACAGUGAGACGCGAUCGGCGAUGAAAAUACGAGGUUACGGGUUUGUGAAUGUCUGAAAGCUUUCGAAGUAUCCAAUAAAACUGCGAUAUAACCAAA